CCCACUCUAGAACCUCUCCGUCGUUGUUCGCCUUCUGUUCACAGACUGAAGUCGUCCUUCCGUCACUUCGCAACGACCGCCCAUCGAGAAUGAACCGAAACAGCGUGUUCCUCUUUGCCUUUCUGUUCGUGGCCUUGUCCAUGGUCUGUGCGGAGCUUGUGCCAUGGCGGCAGUGCCCUUACCCUGAUCCCCAAACCCUAACGAAUUGUACCAUUCAUGAAGUGUACGUAGAUCCCUGCAAGGAAGCUGCAGAAGCGAAACCAUGUAAAAUAAAAAAGGGAGUUGUUGGAAAUAUGACAUUCCAUUAUACACCCGCAUUUUCAUCGGAGAAAAUGCAAGGUAGAAUUUUCUGGGCGAGUCAGGUAAUGGACAUACCAUUUUUGGGAAUGGAUCCCAAUGCUUGUUUAGCAACUUCGUGUCCAAUUGAGGCAGGACAAAGGAAUACAUACCAUGUACAAAUACCAAUUUUGAAAAAAUAUCCCGUUAGAACGUACGAUCUUAAGUGGAAAAUCUGGAACGAACAAGAGCAAGAAUGUUGUUUUAUGUUUCAAAUUAAAAUAACAAAAUAAUAUUAACUAUAUGCGAUUCAUCUUUCCGUCACGCUCAUUUAAUAAAAAUUUCCGAUUCGAUAAAUUAAUUAAAUAAACAAACUAUUAUUAGUAAAAG